AAUAACAUAAAUAUUACCCAUUCCACAAGGAGUGUGUUCAGAUUUACUACUAAACACGAAUAUUCAGGAUCAAAACAGGUUUAAUUUAUUUACAUAGAACCAUAAAUAGUUUUCAUGGAUCUUCCAAUGAGUUAUCAAAGAAGCCAUUGAUACUUUCCCUCUCCUAAUCUAUAUUUAUGAUCGUGCCCAUAGUAAAAAUUUUUAAACUGGGAAAAACAAAAUCUAUGGAAACAACGUUUUUCAAAGGAUUAUUGAAAGCAGACUGCUGCAAUUUUAGUCACAAAAUCCUCAUAGCUUUAUCAAAGCAACAUUUGAAUAAAUAUCAUCUCUCAAACUUUUACUGACAAAUGAGGACUAAGGUUCUUUCACUGUUAAUCAUGAGUGUUUUAGCACCGAUCAUGACACUCUUUUAAUUUUUUAUACGACAUACACUUCUCACUUCGAUAAGACUUUGAUAACAAUAGCAUUUGAUAUUAUUGUGAUGGAAAACUACUUCUGUCGCCUCGAAAUUUUAAAGCUCACGGGAAGCUGAGGAUUCUUUAGCCGGUGAGAGCAAUGGAAUUUUUAGUCACACUUGCCUGUCCUGUUUGCAAACUUCCUCAAUGACCAGAAGUGCAAAUGGCCAAGUAAGCUUGCCAUCUAAUCACUACACGGUGAGUUCGUUCAUGUUACAUAAGUCACGAACUCACGAACUCAACAAAGUCAGCCAUUUUAUGUUUCAACGUGGUACGUUGUGUACAUUACAUAUUCUAUCCUACUAACUUUAAUGUUCUUUCCUCAAUGUUCUUUUGAAUGAUCGUAUUAAAGUAUCAAUGAAUUGAGUAACUUGUAACGUAAAGAGUACGUUUCCUCUUUUUCAUUUAUUUUCAAGUAUAUCGUUAGAAUCAUAUACAGAAAAGAGUAUCCAUGUAAACCUUGUUUGCAGAUUCCUAUCUCUUCUUUCAUUUCGUGAGGAAGCUUCCUCGAGAGAGGAGCCCUGGGAAUAAGAUUUUAUCCUCGCUUUCAAGAUGAGGGUCGGCUAAGCUUUCAUGUUCUUCUGCCCUGAUUGAUCAAUUGCUCUUUUCAUCAUGAGCGAAGUUACUUCUGAAACACAUUCCAGCGAUGAUGGGAAACCCAAAUCCUCGCUUCGGAAGUGUAUCUCGCUCCUUAAAGUGGCAAAGACAGACACGGAGCGUUUUGCCGCAUUGAUGUUGGUCACUCAGUUGGUCAGUUCGAACGAAGUUGAUGUCGCUGGUCGAAGGGAACUUUUUGACGCUAUCGGUUUCAAGUUUUUGAACAGAUUGUUGAGUACCCGAAAUGUACCCAACGGCUGUCCUCCAGAUGUGUAUCAAUCGCUCUCGUUGACUAUUCUGGCCUGCUUUGCAACUGAUGAAGAGCUCUGCUCUCACAGCGAGAUGAUAAAUAAAAUUCCAAUGCUCCUGACCACCAUCAAAGCAGCGGGACCAAACGAAUCUGCGAUCGCGGACGAUUGUUACCAAAUUCUCGCCUCCUUCGCUGGUUCUUCGACCGGAAUUAGACAUUUAGUUGAAAUGGGAGCAAUUUCGAAGCUUUGCGAAGUCCUUGAAGAAAAAUAUUCAAAGAAUGCUAUUGAAAUCUUGCUUCGAAUCCUCUACAAUGAACCACGUGUGCUUUGGCGAGAACAAAGAGACGACCUUCUUGGCGUACUGAGUACAUUGAGCAGGCUGUUCAAAGAAACUCAAGACAGCAGUAAAUUUGAACUUUGUAACUUUUUGGUGCUUUUUCUUUCGGGUGCCGAGAAAUCUACGUUUGAAGGGCAAGAAGAUCAUCCGUGGUUGGCCAAUAUAAAUAAAGCAUUGAAAGAUAUUCUGCAAUCAAGAAUUUCGUCGUCACAGAGAGAUCCCUCUCUGAUGUUAAUAUCGAUAAUCAUCGAUCUGGUUGGAAUGGAUUGGAUGGUUACAUUUUCAGGACAAGAUUCUCAGGGACUCUUUAUUUUAAGCCUUACGAUUGCCAGUGUUGAAAUAAGAAUGAUUUUGGACGGUAAAACCUCGGAGGAAAUCGAACCCAGGGCCAUUGUCCUGACCAGCUGUUACAAUAUUCUCGAAAAAGCAAUUAACUUUGCUAUUGUUCAAACUCAUACAAAAUCUCAUUUGCCGUCCAUUGUUAGCGACGGCCUGUCCAAAGUAUAUUCCCUGGCAACCGAGGCCAUGCACUCCAUUGGAUUAUACUUGGACCAGGUGGCACAACACGAUGUCAGAGGUCGCCGAACUGGACAAAACCGCGUGGUUGUGGCGUCAGUCCGCAUUCUUUGUGCGUGGAUGUCCGAAGAGACUUCAGCUCUGCAAGAAGAUGUCGGCAAGUUACUUCCAUUUCUGUUGAAGAUCGGAGAGGAAUCGCUUACAACAGAAUUUAAGCUUUGGUUUCAAGAUGAUAGAAAGGAUGCUACAAUUUCAAGUGAAAAAGACACAAGUGCAAGUCUACCAGAUCUGGAGAAUUUGAUAGGGCAUCAUUCAGAAACUAGAUAUAACAUUAUGCGUUUCAUGUUACCACCCCUAUGUCACCUGUCUGCUGAUGAUAAAAUGCGCAAGAUCCUCAUUGAAAACAAUGGUCUUGAACUUUUAUCAAAGUACUUUUUUCAUCAUUGGAACAGUUGGUAUGGACAAACAAAAGGUGUCACAGAUGACAAUGAGUCAGAGACGUGUCUUAUUACCAUGCUCGGUAUUUUCUUGAAUAUCCUUGUGACAGAACCAGAACUUGUAACCAAAGAUGAAGCACUUAAGGAGAUUGGCAAACAUGCCUUGGUGUCUUCUUCACAGCUACUCUUCAGAGAUAGAAAUAUCACUAUUUUAGUGAAUCUUGUAGUCCUUGGUCUUUUGUUUGUGAAAUGCCACAAAGACAGAGGAAAAACAGUAUCGUUUGAUCAACUAGAGGUAUCUGUUUUCCUUAAAAACUCCAUUCAGAUCUUGAAAGAAGCAAGAUACCCUGCCACUGGCAAAACACAAGGAGACCCAGGUGAUAGGAAGACCGAGUUAGCCACCUAUUGCAGAGAUUUCUGGGAUGACAUAUCAGAACUUUGGUUUCUAGGCAUACAGGUGCUGUUAUCCUUGGCAGGUUCCAUGUCUGUUGCCAAAGAGCUUCUUGAAGAGAGUGGAUGUUAUGAAGAAUUUGUAAACAUUGUGAAUCAAACCAACAAAGAAGAGGAAAAUCCUGGAGAGAAAAACUGAGGCCAAGUGUAAGUGAUGUAUUUUAUUCAGUUUGAUACUAAAUUACACAAAUUU